CCGUUCUUGAGGAAAGCGAGAGGCCGAGGAGGGGCCCCAGGAGGAGUGUGUGUCUGUGUGUGUUGUGUGUUGUGGUGUGUGUAUACACAGCCAGCCUGAAGGGCUUAGAGAGCGUCGGUUGCGAGGCCUGGCGCCGUCCGUUGCCAUGGCAGCCGAGGAGGAGGAGGAGGCCUAGGAGGGAAAGAAGGAGAAGCAGAGGCUGAGAGGAGGAGAAGGAAAGGGCGCCAUGAGCUUCGGAGGAGCAGCGGGAGCAGAAGAAAGGGAGAUGGCGGCCGAGAGCAUGACCUCCGCCGCCUCGGUCCUGGCCGAGCUGGAAUGGGACGAUGGGUUCGCCAUCCCGGUGGCCAACGCCGAGAACAAGGCCCUGGAGGAAGAGCUACAAAAGAUGCAAAAAGAAAAGGCAAACCAGCAAAGUCAGUUGACUGACUAUGAAGACCGUAUUGCAGCAAUGACAUCACAUUUGAAGAAUGUUAGACAGGAGUUUAAUUCGACACAGUCUCUUUUCAGAGCUAGGCAGAAUGAAAUUGAAACCGAGCAGCAUUUUAAAGCCUUGGCAGAGAGAGAAGUGGGGCGCCUGAAAAGUGAGAUUCAAAGGCUAGAGAAUGAGAUGGUUUCAUUAAGAGAGAAGAAAAAUAGUCAAGAAAAUAAUACUUUCAAAAUGAAUCAGAAGUUGGAAGCCUUAAGAUGCCAAAUGAACUGGGACCAACAAGCUUUGGAGGCUUGGUUAGAAGAAUCAGCUCGUAAAGACAAUGAUGCAGUUACAAUCCAGAAAUAUGCACAGCAAGAUGAUAACAAAUUACGAGUGCUGACUCUGCAGAUAGAAAUGUUGACUGUGAAGUGUAACAACAAGCGCAGAAUUCUUGACAAUGAGCUUACAGAAACCUUAGCUGCUCAGAUAGAAUUGGAUAAGACAGCUGAAGAUUUCCGCAGGGUUCACCUAGAAAGACAAGAACUUAUCAGACAGUGGGAAAACACCAUAGAACAAAUGCGGAAAAGGGAUCAGGAAAUAGAUAGCUGUGCCUUGCUUUUAGCACAAGCAAGACGGGCAAUCCGUGCGAAGCAAAGUGUGCUUAAAGACAAGAUCCAGUUUUUGGCAAAUGAGAGUGGCAAUAAUGUGGAGUAUGAGAGGAGAAUUGCCACAGCUAACCGGCAAGCUGUCAAACUGAGAGCAGAAUACCAAAAAGAGGAAGCUAAUCGCAUUCUGCUCCAGGAUGAGCUGGAUACACUGAAAGCAACUGUAGAUGGAACUGCUUCUGAACUAGAAACUGUCAGAAUGAAUAUAGCUAACCUUAAAAGGGAAAUCCAGGAGAAAACAAUAAGACUAAAUUUGAUUAAGGAACAGAAUAAUAGCCUUACAAAUAAACUGAAAUUUGUGACAAACAAAGCAUUGAGUUCAGAAGAAAAAGCAAGCAGGAUGGAAGAGUUUCUGAAAGAGAAGGAGAAAAAUGUCAAGGAGAAAGAAGCACAAGCAAUUCAGUUGAGAGACACACAUUUCAAGAAAACAAAAGAGUUAAAAGCAUUUCAGGACAAAGCAAAAGGUGUCAUAGCUGAAAUUGAUGGACGCCGAGGACAGAUGAAAAACCUUCACAGCCGAUUAGCUCGUCUAUUUGCAGAGACACUUAAGCAACAAGAACUCAUGUAUAAUCAGGAUUUUUAUAUACAGCAAGUGGAGAGGAGGCUGUCACGCAUGGAGGGGGAGCUUAACACAGAUGAGAGACAAGUUUUAGAAGAAAAAGUUGCAGAACUUUCAAAAAUAGCAGAUGAAAAGACACAGGCAUACAGUACUUUGCAAGCACAGCAGAAGAAACUUCAGAAUGACAUUCAUUUUAUCAUGUUGGCUAUGAAUAAGACUGGAGAAGAAAUGGCUGGUUUGACUACCAGAGUAGAUGAGCUAAACCUUUUCACUGACAAAUCAGAGAAGUUACUGAAAAAAGCCAAAGCAGAUAAGCAGGAUUUGAUGAUUGAAGAUAAUCUCCUGAAGCUGGAGCUGAAACGUGUCAGAGAUACAUUGUACAGUAAGGCAGAAAAAGUCCUCUCCCUUGAAAAACAAAAGCAACAGUUAAAGGCAGCAAUGGAGCAAAGAAUUGCAGAAAUCAAAGUUCACAAGGCAAUGAUUGAGACACAGAUAAGGGUAGUAGAACAGGAGCGUCAAACUCUGAGCUUUGAGUUUCAUGAGCGACUGAGCAAAAUUGAGAAACUGAAGGGAAGAUAUGAAAUUAUUACUGUUGUAAUGAUGCCCCCAGAAGGAGAAGAAGAGAAAACUCAUACUUAUUAUGUCAUCAAGGCUGCCCAGGAAAAGGAGGAUCUUCAGCGUGAAGGAGACACACUGGAUGCUAAGAUCCAGCAAGCUGAGAAAGAAUGUGUUGCCCUGGAAAAUACUUUGCAUGUACUUAAUAACUGCAAUAGCAACUACCGAGACUCAUUCAGGAACAUCACAGAGAAAAGUGAAGAACAUGAAGAGAAGGUUAAACUGGAAGAAGAGAAAAGAGCUGCUGCUGAAAAAUACAGAUACAAGAGAAGACAGAUUAAGGAACUUGAGGAGGAUAUCCAGACCAUGCAGGUUAAUCUUGAUACUCUCUUGAAAGAUGAGACUCUCUACAGAGAAAAGAUAGCAGAGAGAAAAGCAAUUGUUCAACGGUUAUCCAAAGAGGUAGAUGAUCAGCAGCCAAAACUAGAAAGAGUCACAAAACAGGUUGCUCGAUUAACAAGAGAGAUCCGAGCAUUAAAGAAAACUGAUUCCAAAACACAAGAAGAACAAGACAUUGAUCUUCGUGCACUGAAAGACUUCACUAAAUCCAUUGACAAAAUGCUACUUGAUCUUUCGGAAGCAAAUCCAGAUUUAAACACAGCCUUUCAGAGAUACUUUGAACAGACUUCUAUACCAUUUCCAACAUCUUCCUGCUCUCGUCUUAGUCUUCGAUCAUCUACACAGAGCUCAUCAUCUUCAAGCACGUCUGCUAAGAGUUCAGUGUCAUCAUCCAAUCAACCACAAGUUAAAGUUGUAUCUCUGACUCUGGAUCCCAAGCUUAGUCUUUCGGAUACUCCCUCUCCAUGUCCUCAAAGCCAGAGCAGUAUCUCUGCAUCGUCUCGCAGCAGAAGUCCCACUUAACAGUCUUGCAUUAAAGGGAAUUUAAGAGAUAAAAUAUAGCUGCAUUUGUAGGAGUUCCUAAACAGGAACAUAUUAUCUCUUUGGUAGUUUGUAGUUACUCACUUUUGGUGAUAUUCAGUAAAUUGGAUUAUUGGUAAAUAGAAUAAACAUUUAACAAAAAUCUUAA